AGGCGUUUUUGGCAUAAAAUCUGUCAGGUCACGCUGGAUCACAACUAAGCACACGAGUGCGAUUAUCAACCCAAAGCGAAUUUUUGCAAUUGCAGCGAUUGUAUUCAAGACCGCGCGUACAAGCAGGCCACGGCCAAUCAGGUGUACGAGAUGGUAAAGAAGCGGCAGACAGAUGCCCACGAUCAGGCCAGUUCAACGGAUUCCGGCGAGGAGGAUCUGCAGCAUCAUCGCAGCGGCACGGCAUCCGGCACGGUCAUGGACGGUGCCACGCCCACAGCGAGCAGCUGCCAACACAUCAAGAAGGCGGUGGAUGCCGCACGACUGCGGCGUCAGCUCAGGUCCACCGGCCUUUUGUACGAGUGCUCGCAGUGCCAGAAGCUAUGCCAGGCCAAGACGGCUGCCACAGGGACAGAAUCAGCAACAUCAGCAUCUGGAUCAGCGGGAGGCGGGGAGCCGGGCGACUAUGAGUUUGACAGCACGCUCUGGCUGUGCUUGAAGUGCGGCAUCCAGCUGUGCGGGCGGGCCCGAAAGAAGCAUGCCCUAGAGCACUACCAGACACCACAUUCGGACUCGCACGCUCUGGCGAUGAACACGCGCUCUUUUGACAUCUGGUGCUACGAGUGCAACAUGAAAAUCGGCUCCAAUAUGCGCAAGAAUCUACUUGAGUGCGUGGAGCUCGUCAAGCGGCUGGCCCAGAAGCCGCCCACUACGACAACCGCGACGCCCAGUCCGCCCACCAUUAGCUACAUCGAGCAAAAGUUCAAGUCCACGCUGGAGCAUCUAACGCCCAUGGUGCCCAUGACGGGCGGUGGGUCGUUCGAGGACACAGCAGCAGCCAGCAAAGUCAGCCAGGAGGCCAUACCACUGCCACCACCGGUGUCGUCAACGUCCGGUUCGCUGACCCUGGUCCCCGGCAUGGCCAAGAGGAUUGAACAGGGCAAAGAUAAUGCCAAUGUUCCGCGCCCAACUUUUUACGAGCUGGAUCGACUGUCCAGAGUGCGGGGACUGACCAACCUGGGCAACACUUGCUUCUUUAAUGCGGUGAUGCAGUGCCUGGCCCAGACGCCCUUCCUGCUGUCCGAUCUCAGGGACCUGGCCGAGCCAGGAGAAGAAUUCACUUUGCCUGGCGGCACCUUCAACUUUAAGGACAAGGGUGACAUCACACUGCCCAAGAUCGAGGGCAAACUCUCCUCUUGGGGGCCCCUUACCGCCGCUCUGGCACACGCUCUCGAGGAGCUGCAGGCCGGCGGUAGCGUCUUUACGCCCAGCAAACUCUUCGACAGGCUGUGCACCAAGUGCCCCCAGUUCACCGGCGGCGACCAGCACGAUGCCCACGAGCUGCUCCGCCAGCUGCUAGAGAGUGUGCGCAAUGAGGAUCUGAAGCGCUAUCAGCGCGUCAUCCUGCAGAACCUCGGAUACAAGGACCAGGACAUUAACAGUGUGUCGGAGGAGUUGCGGCAAAAGUGCAAGAUCUAUGGCAAUCAGGCUGGUGAUCGCAUCCUGCGCCCGGAGCAGGUCUUCCGUGGCUUCCUCGUGUCCACGCUUACCUGCCAGGACUGCCACAGUGUGUCGUCGCGACACGAAUACUUCCUGGACAUGUCGCUGCCUGUUGCCGUGGAGAAGCCGCAGCCGCCGCAGCGUCGCAAACCGAGCCCCGAGCUCUCGAUACCGACCAGCGGCAGCCCCACUAAUACCACUGCUACCAAUACCAUGACCCCAAUCGGCGGUCAGACGGUCAUCAACACCAAGUUCUCGGAUGGCAAUGUGAACUUUACUGCUUCGUCCUCCUUCUACCUCCAUGGCGAUCAGCCGGAGCAGCAGCUCGGUCCCUCCAAGUCGCAGGUGAAGAAGGAGAAGGAGCGGGAGCGCAAGGCCAAGCGGGCGGCCAAGCAUCAGCGCACCAAGCAGGCCCAGAAGCUCAGCCUCAAGCUGAACGGCAAUGGGCUGGGCUCUGGCGACGGACAGGCGGAGGAACAGCCCAAGGAUCAGGCUGAACACAGCACCUCGUCCACCUCGACCACCUCGGAGCAUUCGGAUGCCGAUGUUGAGGACAAUCUGGUGGAGGAUACGGCACCGGGAGGAGCGGCUGCUGGUGGCGCUUCGGGAGCGGCAGCCAAGUUUUAUACGGACAGCAAUGGCAACGCCCAGCCGCUGGGUGAGAAGCGCGACGAUACGCCCGAGAACAUGGACAAGGAUUCGCUGGAGGAGGAUGAGAAUGACUCUGGCAUAGCCACCAGUCCCGCACCAACUGCCUCCAGCAGCAGCACCAGCACCAACGUGACCAGCAGCAGCUCGAGCACCGUACCGACUGGCAACAACUCCUCCUCGUCCGCCUCCGUGGCUGGAACACUCGACGAAGCAGAGGCGGAGGGCGACCCUAAGGUCACAGCGCCAGCUAGCCUGGUCAGUGCCGGGCUGUCGGAGAAGGGAGCCUCCCUCAUACGCCAGCUAUCCAUUGGGGCCGAGCAGGGCGGACUAAAUGGCCUGGCAGCGGGAGGAGCAGAAGGAGCAGAGAACGAGGCUCAGCUGGAGAAGGUAAAGCUAGCGCCGCCAAGCCAAGCUCCGACGCCAGCCCAAGCCCUGGCCAAGGCCCAGGCCCGCCCGAAGCGUGUGCGCACGCAGAGCUACUCGGAUUGGAGCACCACGAUAGCCCCGCGCUACCAGUGCGAGGACGGUGAAUGCUCCGUCCAGUCCUGCCUGAACAACUUCACCGCCGUGGAACUAAUGACCGGCCAGAACAAGGUGGGCUGCGACAGCUGCACGCUGCGCAUCAAUGGAAGCGACCCGAAGGCCAAAUCUGUGAAUACGAAUGCCACCAAGCAGCUGCUGGUCUCCAGUCCGCCGGCAGUCCUCAUCCUCCAUCUGAAGCGCUUCCAGCUGGGACCGCGCUGCGUCUUCCGCAAGCUAACGCGACCGGUUAGCUAUCCCAAUUUACUGGACAUUGCCGCCUUCUGCGGCUCCAAGGUGAAGAAUCUUCCCAAUAUCGAUCGCAAGCAGAAGAAGCUCCUGUACGCUCUCUACGGCGUCGUGGAGCAUUCGGGCGGCAUGUACGGUGGUCACUACACGGCAUACGUGAAGGUGAGGCCCAAGGUGACGCCGGGCGACAAGCGUUACAAGUUCCUGCCGAUGGGCAGCAAGGCGGAACUGGAUCAGGACGAUGAGCAGCUGAAGAAGCUGGAGGAGCUGCAGGCCAAGCGGAAGGCGCGCGAUUUGCAUAUGCAGGCGAUGGACGACAGCGAUGACUUCUCUAGCAGCAACUCAUCCACCUCCGAUGACGGCGGCAAUGCGCCGCAGGAGGAAACGCCGCAGGAGGAGGAGGCCGCCCAUGUGCAGGCGCCGCCGGGUAAAUGGUAUUACGUGUCCGACUCUCGCGUCCAGGAGGUCAGCGAGGACUCGGCGCUGAAGGCGCAGGCCUAUCUGCUGUUCUACGAGCGCAUCUACUAGGAGGUAGAGAAGGGGGACAUUUACGCCCAGCAGAUGACAAACUAAGUUAGGAACCAAGGAACACAUUUACUAGGGGGACGCAGAGAUCUCCAGCUCAGGAUUGAGGGAGAACGAGACGGCAGAGAGAGCGAGAGAGAUAGAAAGAGAGUAGGGGAUACACUGCACUUGGCCCACAUUUAUUUCUGUUCCCUCUCCCUCUCUGGGACAGGAAAUACUUUUUCGUUAAAUUUUUUCUUGUUUAUUAAUUAGUUAUUCAUUUUUUUUAUUACUUAUUAGGGGAAAAGACAGUUGAAGGAAGCAAAUUACAAUGUUUAUUAGUUCUAGUUAGACGGAAACGUUUUACGUUUAGUUCUUGCAAGCUAUUUGCUUCGAGCAGGGACAGCAGAAAGACCAGAAAAACGCCGAACGCGACAAAACGGAAACAAACGGAAGUAAAGGAGAGAAACAAAGGAGAAAACGAAACAAUUUGCUGAUGAAUAAGUUCAUAAGUUAUACACACAAGCAGGAAACACGGAUGAAUUAAAACCACAACCAAUUGCUCGCUUCUGCCAAUAAAUUUAACUUUGCUGUAAUCUUAA